UACAACUAAACCAUUAAACAAAAUCCAGAAAAUUAAAACAUAAAAAAUGUAAUCUAGAAAUAUUAAACAUAAUCCAGAAAAGUAAAUGUAUUUCCAGUCAAAUGGAAGUCCAGUGGCAUCUAACAGUAGGCUAUAAAUUGUAGUAAGCAUAUGCUUGAUCAGCGUAAAUCACGUGAUACAAUAAUCAAAGAUGUCCAGCAGGGGGCGACAGACAAAAGAGGAAAAAGAGUUUCCUGUUUCUGAGUGCAAAAACAUCACAAGUGUGAAAUAUCCAGAAGAAAGUCUGGAUACACACCCUGUUCUCUAAACAUCUUCAGUAAAUGUUAGAUUUAGUCCAGUGAUGUUGUUCUCUUGUUGAAGGUGGGACUGAUAUUUCAAAUGCUGGACUUUAAGAAAAAAUAGUAACCACAAAUAGUCCAUCAGUCUUGAGCUAAAAGUGCAUGUGUUAAAACAGUCAGUCAUUUGGUUGCUGUUGAUCUGAUGAGCUUCAACACGAUAUAUGUUCUGCUGAUGUCGGUCAGAAUGGCUCCUCGUCUUCCUCUGAUCGUUCUGCUCAUGAUUCACGGGGUUUCUGGUGCUGGUUUGGGUGUGAGUUACAGUCAUUCACACAUCUGUGCACUAAAGAACUCAUCAGUGAUAAUGAGCUGCACUUAUACAUACCCUACUGGACAUAAGAUCAAGAAAGUGUUCUGGACCAAAGGACCUGUAAAGGGUGUAGAGCCUCCAGAUCUGUCUGAGGACCCUGAAUACAGUCAGAGGCUUCAGUAUCUGGGAGAUAAACAGCAGAACUGCACCAUCAGACUGAGUCAUGUGACACAGAAAGAUGCACACAUGUACUGUUUCAGAUUCAUCACUGAUAAACCUGAUGCCGUAUGGAUUGGUCGUCCAGGAGUGACUCUUACUGUCACAGAUCUUCAGGUGGAGUCUCCUAAGAGAGUGACAGAGGGAGAUUCAGUCCGUCUGACAUGUAAAAGCAGCUGCGCUCUGACUGACGGAGCAACAUUCAUCUGGUACAGAAACUCACAGCCAUUAACUGAGAGAAGAGACAGAAACAAUCAACUCCUGCUGCAGUCAGUCAGAAGAGAGGAUGCAGGCAGAUAUAGCUGUGCUGUACAUGGACACACUUACAUCUCUCCUGCUGCUCAUCUCAGUGUCACGUAUCCUCCAGUGAAUCAUGUGCUCUCCAUCAGUCCAUCUGGUGAAAUAGUGGAGGGAGAUUCAGUGACUCUGAGCUGCAGCAGUGAUUCAAACCCACCUGCAGAAAUCAGCUGGUUUAAAGGAGGAACGAUUGUAGGAUCUGGAAGAAUCUACAGCAUCUCAAACAUCAGCUCUGAUCACAGUGGAGAAUACAAGUGCAAGUCCAGAAAUAAACAUGGAGAGAAAUACUCUGAUGCUGUGACUUUAAACAUCAUGUAUCCUCCAAGAAGCGUCUCAGUGUUCAUAAAUGGAUCUGGUGAAAUAGUGGAGGGAGAUUCAGUGACUCUGAUCUGCAGCAGUGAUUCAAACCCACCUGCUCUGAACUUCAGCUGGUUUAAGGAGAAUCAAAGCUCAGCUGUUGGAUCUGGACAGAGUUUCAGUGCACUACAGAGUGGACGCUUCUACUGUGAGGCUCACAAUCAACAUGGAUCUCAGAGAUCAGAUGCUGUUACUGUCACUGUUAUGUUCAGAUGUUUCUCAUCUGUUGCUGUUGCUGUUGCUGCUGCUGUUGGUGUUUUACUCGGUGGAGCAUCAGGUGCUUCUGUGAUGUACAUUUGUCUUAAUAAAAGGAUGAACAGAAGAUCUGCUAUGAAGGAGUCUGUGAUCUCUGAUCCCAAUGAAGACACAUAUACAGCUCUUGAGCUCAAGUCCACGACCUCUGACCUGUACGACACGCUCUCAACCGUUCAUCCCAGACCUCCUGGAGACUCCUGCACGACUCUUGAUCCUAAACAUGAGAAUCCAUCAAUCAACAGGAAGAUGCUGCAGUGAGAGGCGGAGCACAAAGCAACCAAUCCUGAGCUCUGUGGGCGGAGCCACAGAUGAUUGACAGUGAUCAUUAGCGAUCAAUGAAGCAUUUGUUAUAGUUUAGGAAAGAUAAUGUAACAGUUGAAUUAAAUGAAUGUUAUUGUACAUACAUAUAAAUAUAAAUGUUAAUGUGAAUUAAGCUCACUGUUUUUAAAUACAUUCUCCUACAAUGUUUCAUUUGUGCAGCUUCACAAUUGACAAUGUAUUAUUUUAUGGUGCUCAAUAUUAUCAGCUUCUGUUUUUUGUGUUUCUGUAACUUUCUCUUUAAGUGAUCAGUUUUAUUUGUGAUCGUGUUUGUUCAAACUCUCAAACUACCAGCAGAGGUCACCAUCUCCUGCUACUGACCUCAACAUUAAUGUGCAUCAGCUGUACAUCACUAUUAUUCAUCUUCAUGUUGUUUUUUCCAAAACUGUGUUCAAAGUCCUUAAUAUGUUUGUAUUAUAAUUAUGAACGCAUCCA